AUGGUUCAGCCUUCCGUUGUCGACUUGCCUCCCCAGCUGAGGUUGUAUCCGACUUGCCCUGGUAAGAAGGAGAUGCCGAAGCCCCUCUUCUACUUCCCUGGUUUGAACCCUCCGCCCCGCCGUCGCCGCCAGUUGUCAUCUGGCUCUGGUUCCACGCGCACUGGUUAUGAAUCGCUCAUGCACCUUCAUGCUGAACGCAAGGCCAUCAUGGCCAAAAUUGCGGCUCAGCGUAAGGUUGACAUCGUCCGCAGCAACCUGUUGUUAGCAAGUGUUCCUUCUCCUCUCCUUCCUCUUCCCCCCCGGGCUCCCGUGAUGGCGGGUAUCUUGAAGGCGUCUGUGGCGCCCCGCACAUUGGCUCACGACCGUCACGUUCACUUCGGUGAGGUAAAGACAGUCGAAGUCAAGCGGUGGAUGCCACAGCGUCCUCGAAGUAUCGUGAAGGCGUUGACUGCUUCUGCUGCACCCCGCACAUCGACUCACGACCGCCGCGUUCACUUCGGUGAGGUAGAGGUGGUCGAAGUCGAGCGGUGGAUGCAGCAGCGAGCCCGAAAGCUCAGGAACCACCCCUGCCCUCCUCCUGCAUGUGCCAUUUUCCCGCCUAUUCAGAAGCGUGUUUACCAGUCAUGGUCUUUUGACCCUGCGGCCCUUACCGCAGCAGAACAUGAGCUCCAGCACCGUCCACGAAAGAUCCACAAAGUGAUCACCAGUCAGCAUGGUCCGCCUUCGGCUGCCAAGGCUAUUGGUUGUGGCGUUGUGUGCUUUGGACUCAUGCUCCUGAUGUCUUGGCUCAAACAUUCGUGA